GUCAUAUCCCGCUGCUGCUGACUAACACCUCAGACCUCUUCUUCAUCAUCAUCAUCAGCAGCAGCAGCAGUAGCAGCACCCCCAGGUCUCUGCAUCCAUCACAGUAGCCCUUUGCCGUAUUCGAACAUGAUGAUAAGAAAAAAUGAUGAAUAAAUGACACAAGGCAGAGAACAUGUUUUUCCUUUUAACACCCCUCAUAGCAACUCCUUUGGAGCUUGUCAUUGAGAUGAAUGGGUGAUUGUCCAGUUCUGUGGUACAUUGUUCUAUAAUCUACUGGAUGGGUCUGGGUCUGCCUGCCAGGGGAAGGGAUACAGUAGGGCUGUGUGCAUACCAAAUGGCACCCUAUUCCCUUUAGGGGGGGCCAGUAUGAAAACAUUUAUGAAAAGUUUUGAAGAAGUAUGAAAAAAUAAAAUGUAUGCACUCACUAACUGUAAGUCGCUCUGGAUAAGAGUGUCUGCUAAAUGACUAAAAUGUAAAAAAUAGUGCACUACUUUUAACCAGGGCCCAGUAGUACACUAUACAGGGAAUAGGGUGCUGUUUGGGACACAGUAGGCCCCUGCAUUCCUGGCAUUUUUUAUUCAGAAUUUACCCCAAAAAUGCUUUUCAAGGUACUCCAUUUCAGUACAAGGCUAUCUUCGAGGGACUUAUCUCACUCUUGAGUAUGAAGUUGGCUUAGCUUUGUGCUUUGAGUUUAUUAUAUUCUAUUAUGUAAGGUAGCACCUCUAGUCCAGUUGUUUGAGCAUGAAACCCCCAUUUCCUGGUUCAGCUGAGGUGCUGUUGAGGUGUUGUUGCCUCUGGAAAAGUGACUCAGUGAGGGCUAGAGUAGUGUUCAAUGGUAUCAAAUGUAUAUUUUGACACAUUGCAGAUAUUAUCAUGGAGACUUCUUUCUUUCUUUAUGAUGCACAGUCCAAGCGAAUGGUAGCUAUAAUGGCUUAAAUUAGUAUCCUUCAGUACCUUUUUCUCAAUCAGGGUAAUUUACCAUACUAUAGCAUAUGUAUAGCAUAUGAGUGUAACUAUCUGUUUGAUGUGAGACAUGCACGCCCAUCCGUAGCUCAUAUACCCAGGCCGUGAUGUAGAUAUGCUCUGAAUCACAAAGCAUGAAUAAUGCUUCAAUGUCUCUGUGAGAGUGAAGAGAAACAAACAUCAAUUUAUAAAUGAGUACUAGAGGGGAGAGAGGUACCAAAAACAACACAUAGGGCUCUGGUCAAAAGUAGUGCACUAUGUAGGGAAUAGGAUGCCAUUUUGGACGCAACCUGUAGUGCUUCACUGUUAAGGCUGCUCACUCUUUCAUUUCAUACAGCCUGUGUGACUGUGUCCCCUGUGUUUUCCAGGAAAGCUAUUCAUUAGUGUUUUAAUUAUAUUAUUAUUAUUAAUCACCAUCGGCGGGUAAGAGCCAAUUUAUCCUCCUCAACACUAGUGUGUGUCCUCUGCUUCCCCUGUCUUUCUAUGGAGUCCAUCCAAACUAUACUGUGCUGGCUUGGAUAUUUUCUUUUCACAUUGUCCUUUCCAGCACACUUCCAGAAACUAUUGUGGAUGUGUAGUUAACAACGAGGCCAAUGCAUGGACGAGAGAGAAACGUAGGGUAUAAAUGUAACCUUUGAAAUGAUGUGUCAUCUCACCCCUACAUUUUGGCGCUCAGUUGUAAGUUGCAUGUGUUUGUCUACAAUGAAAUGUUUUCAUAUUCAACAAGAGGGUGUUUUUCUCUCUCUUGCAAGACAUUUGUGUUAUAACUUGAGGAACUCCACACUUCUGAUCUGACGGGUUAAUAUUUAAGCUGCGUCUCAAAUGACACCCUAUUCCCUGUACCAGGGCCCUAAAGAGAAUGAAGGAAAUAGGAUGUCAUGUUCAGUAACUGACAGAGUGAUUUAUUGUUUUUGUUUUCACAGAGCUGAACAUGGAGUACAACCCUUCUGACCAUCCUCGGGCCAGCACAAUAUUCCUCAGCAAAUCUCAGACGGAUGGUGAGUGGCUCUCAAUCAAUCAAUCCAAAAUUAUGAAUCUUUGACAUCACUCAACGGGUUCAUUUAAUAUGGACAUACCAAUAGGCCUUGUACUCCAUGUUCAGGCCUUUAGCUAAAACCAGGUCGCCUCCCAAAUGGCACUCUAUUCCCUACAUAGUGCACUACUUUUGACCAGAGCCCUGUGGACCCUGGUCAAAAAUAGUGCACUAUAUAGGGAACAGGGUGCCAUUGGGGACAUCUACAGGGUUUUUUCCUGACCAAGAAAACGCCCAGGUUUAUCAGGGAAAACUCAUGGAUACUGGCAAUACAGUAUAACCUCUGGAUUAUGUUAUAAAGUAUGAUAUUCCCAGAUCACAAGACCGCUUCCAGGGAACACAGACAGAUCAGCUCUGUGUGGUAAUGUAUGCCUUGCCCAGGGGUGUUUCCCUAGAAGUACUAUCAAUACCUGCAGCCUCGGGGGAUUCUCAUCCUAUCACACGGUGUGUUUUUAGGUGAAUUGACACAAUUGUCCAGGAUAGAAGCUACAUUUGAUACAUACUAUUGUAUUAAAGUGAGAGCCAGUGAUAGUUGUGUGUUUGAGUUGAACAGGUAAAUUAAGUAGAUGGCUUUUGGUUGUUUUUCAGUGGAGUUGUCAAGCAAAAAUGGUGAGUAUUGUAUAUACACAGUAAGACUCAGACAGAGUGCUUCUGCUUCCCCCUAGCUGUGGAGUAAUGUCUGCCUCUAAUAUUCUCUGUUCAUAACCAGUAACCAGCCCUAGCCAUAAUGAAUAAUCUCUGAUCGUGUGAUAUUAACCACUUUUUCCUCUUUGUGCACACUUUGAUACGCUUCUCACUGUACAGUAUGUUGCAAAUAACGCAUGUAGGGUCCAUAGAAGCCUUUCUGUUUCAGUGCAGAAUGUCUUGCUGAAACUCUCAUCUACCAUUGUGCUUUUUUCUAUUGCUUACACAAUCUCUAGGACAGUGGUAUUCAAACUUUUUCAGCGGGGACCCCAUUUUGUUUGCCAGAAUUUCUGGGGACCCCAUUUUCUUCACACAAAUUUCAUCUCUUAUCAACCAAUAAAUAAAUGUACUCAAUAACAUUUUAUUUUUCUAAAUGUAUCUUGUCCCACAAAAUAUUCUGUACUCUUAAAAAAAAGUAAAAUAAUUUUGGCGACCCCACUGCAGUUCGGUCGUGACUUUGAAUACCGCUGCUCUAGGACAAUGCUGAUAACCAAGGAUUAAAGCCCUUCUCAAUCUUUCUAUUUUUUAUCUCUGUUUAGUGUGUGAAAAAAGAAAGAGCCUCUUCAUGAAUUAUGUGAGUAUUAAAUACGUAUUAAAUAUAAAUUCAGGCUAAUAUAUUAUUUCCUUAUAUUCCUUAUAACGACAUGCCCUCUACACAUUUCAGUUGAAUGCAUUCAGUUGUAGAACUGACUAGGGAUCCCCCUUUCCUUUCCCUUUACAAUUGCAGCAAUAUAGAGAUGUGUAUUUGUAAUUCUAUUUCAUUAUUGUAGCAUGGAUCAACUAGAAGAAAACACAGCUCCUGUUCCACCAUCUUCCUGGAUGACAACACAGUCAGUCAGCCCAAUCUUAAAUUCACCAUUAAAUGGUGAGUGUAUGUCCCAGUUACGUUUACAUGAGUUUACCUAUGGGACAGACAAAAAGUACUGGUUAUGACAAAUGCUUCAACAACUACCCUUCUUUCUUGACAGUGUAUCUCUUGCAAUAUAUUACCAUAUAAAGAACAGGUAAGAAUACCCUAUCACUUUGAGCAAGCAAUGCCUUGAAUGGAGAGUUUGGUUGGCUAGUGUAACAGUCCAGUAAAACAUUUGACCUUUGACAUUUGACCUUUCCUGAAUGGCCUGUUUCAGGGACACAGAUGGAGGAAUGCGGCAAGACAUUUUUGACGAGAAGCUUCACCCUCUCUCGGUAACAGCCAAAGCAAUCAGUUCCUGUGUUCAUAUUGACCCACGAUGUGUGUGUUUGUGUGUGUGUUUGUGUGUGUGUUUGUGUGUGUGCGUGUAUGCCUUUUUGUAUGAAUCUAUAGAUUUAGUUUUAUACAGUGACCAUGUUCAUAAAGCCUUCUUCUACUCCCUCAGAAAUCUGAAGUGCCGUCUGACUAUGACAAACACGACCCCGAGCAGAAACAGAUCUACCGCUUCGUCCGGACGCUGUUCAGUGCUGCUCAGCUCACUGCAGAAUGUGCCAUUGUUACACUGGUAAAGGAGGGGGCUGGUUGACUCCAUUGUUUAUGUCCCAAAUGGCACCCGAACCCAUACCCUACAUAGUGCACUACUUUUGACCAGGUAGCUUACCAAUGGGAAACUUGUUUAGUCAGAGGUGUCAUAAAGUAGACCUAUAUCUUUUUAGAAAAGUUAAUUCUUAGCUUGUCGUACACCUUCUCAGACAUGGCAGACAGCACUCCUCUCCACCAAGUUAUUCUAUCCCCUUUAGCCACAGCCUUUUAUGUUUGAUCAACUAGUGUCCUGUUUGUUGCUGUCUGUCUGUCUAUCCUCAGUCAGACACGGGCUUGGAGUGUUCCUGUCUCAGGCUGAUCACCAUGUGAGUCAGUCUGUCAGAGGCUGCCUAACUAGCCUGUGAGUGCGUCCCAAAUGGCACCCUUUUCCCUAUUUAGUGCACUUCUUUUGACCAGGGUCCAUAGGCUUAUAUAGGGAAUUGGGACGCAGGCCAAAUCUGUCAGAAGAAGCCUCCUAACUAGCCUCUGUCUGUGGGCGGCUGGCAGCCAGUUUCAGAGCCUGUGAUAUUCAUUAACGGGAGCAGCAGUGGAGAAGAACUAGGCCAACAGCCAGGGGCCAAAGCCAGUUAGCCACUGAGUCCUCUACUGCAUGAACGUAAGAGACCUGGGGCUACUACUCUACUGCCAGAGGAACACACAGACGGUCUGCAGCCAGAGCAGGGCUAACGUCAGCAUCACAGAAACACAUUUUCCACGCACCAAGUGACAUUUCGAUGCACCAACGUUGUGGCCUUGUCUUCAAUUUACACACAUCCUUGUCUUCUCUCGGGAGGUCAUCCUGAGAGGGCCCUGGGGGCUGAGGGGGAGCAGGGGGGAGGGAAGGAGGAGGGAUGGGGGGCUGAGGUGGGCUGUGUGGGACUAGGGGUGAGGGAGGGGGUGAGGGGGAGUGGGAGUGAGGGAGGGAGGGAGGGUGGAGGGAUGGGAGGCUGUGUGGGAGUGAGGGGAGGGAUGGGGGGGUGUAUGGGAUUAGGGGGUAGGUAGGGAGGGAGGAGGAAUGGGGGGGCCUGUGUGGGGGUGAGGGUUGGAUGGGGGGGCUGAGGGGGGCUGUGUGGGAGUAGGGGUGAGGGAGGGGGUGAGUGGGAGUGAGGGAGGGAGGGAGGGAGGAGGGAUGGGAGGCUGUGUGGGAGUAGGGGUGAGGGAUGGAAAGAGUGGGUUAAGAGGGAGUUCACGGGAGGUCACUGUAUGAAUCAAGCUUUAGAUACAGGUCAGAUUUGCAAUAUGGGUCUGUGUGUGCCACGCAUUAUCAGGAGAUGAACAUACUAUUUAGGGAAUAAGGUGUUAUUUGGGAUGCAGACAAUAUCACAAAGGUAGUUGCCUCAAUUACCUCAUGACUUUAGUAUUAACUUUCCCAGUGUGUUUUUCAGGUGUACGUUGAGAGGCUGCUGACGUAUGCAGAGAUAGACAUUGGCCCAGAGAACUGGAAGCGUAUCGUACUGGGAGCCAUUCUGCUGGCCUCUAAGGUUUGGGAUGACCAGGCUGUUUGGAACGUAGACUACUGCCAGAUCCUCAAAGACAUCACCGUGGAGGACAUGUAAGAAGAAAAUAAAUCAGGAUGUUAUUUUCAACAGGGACUCUUCUGCCAGCUAAUUUUAGCUGACCUGUUUUGGUGCUCACAUUAGAGAGUACACAGUUUUUCUGGAAUGCUCAGACUUAAAGCUUUACGGACUUACUGUAGGUCUGACACUGGACCACAUUUUGAAAUCAAAACCAUGUACAUUUAUGUACAGUACAGUACAUUCAACAAUUCGUUUUUACACUGAUGUUUUGGAUAUGUGCCCCUAAUAUGUUGGUGUCGAUCUCUAGGACAGUGAGCUGUCUCUGAAUGAGUGCCAUCAAUUGUUGUGAAAAACAUAUAUACUCACUUUUUUCUCAACAGGAACGAGCUGGAGCGUCAGUUUCUGGAGCUUCUGCAGUUCAACAUCAACGUUCCGUCAAGUGUUUAUGCCAAGUAUUACUUUGACCUGCGCUCACUGUCAGAGACCAACAACCUGAGCUUCCCUCUGGAGCCUCUGAGCCGGGACAAAGCCCAGAGACUAGAGGUGAGCCACCACUCAAUCCAGCUGUUUAUCAAUAACCACAUUUAUUUAGAAAGCCCUUUUUACAUAAACAGCUGUCACAAAGUGAUUUUAUAGUAGCCCGGCCAAGACCGAAAGAGAAAGCAGAGGCUUUGCAAUACAGGGUAGGCACUUUGUGUCAACUGCUGAUCUGAAAAUGGCUUUAUAAAUACAUUUGAUACAUGUGUUGAUGGCAGCUGGUCCUCUGAAUAGUAUUGGUUUAACACUUUAACUACAUCUUCUACAUCUUUUAGUCUAUGCCUGAAGGCCAGUAACAAUUCAAUUCAAGCGAUUAAUCUGAGUUUGUUUAUCGAUUCAUCAUGGUUGUUGCUCCUGCAGGCGAUCUCAAGGUUAUGUGACGACAAGUACAAGGAUGUCAGGAGAGCUGCCAAGAAGCGCUCAGCGAGUACGGACAAUCUGGUCGGGAUGCGAUGGGUCCCUGCCAUCCUCUCC